UCAUCCCUCACCCUCACUCUCUCACCCCACCCACAUUACUCUCCCCUCCCAACCCCGCCGCAUGGGUCACCACGCCCGCCGCGAGUCCUACCCCUCCGCCUCCACCUCACGCCUCGACUACCACCACCCCCACGGCCAGCGCCGCCCCGACGCCGGCGCCCUCUCAUGGCCCUUUGGGGACCUCGAGGGCCUGGACGCCGACGCCGUGCGGGAAACGGCGUACGAGAUAUUCUUCACGUCGUGCCGGUCGUCGCCGGGCUUCGGGGGGCGGCACGCGCUGACGUUUUACUCGAGCCACGAGGGCGGAGCCGAGGGGGGGAAGCCGAGCCAGGUGGUGACCAAGCCCACGAGCCGCCUCAAGAAGAUGUUGGGCUUGAGGAUGGCCAAGAGGAGCUCCUCCCGGAGAAUCACCACGACCACCGUCUCUUCCACGCCCUCCUCGCCGGUCGCCGCUCCCGGGAGUCCUCUUUCGCACACCGUCCCGUUCUUCCGCCCGCGUCGCCCCAUGACGGCCGCGGAGAUCAUGAGGCAGCAGAUGCGGGUCACCGAGCACGAUGAUAAUAGGAUGCGGAAAACCCUCUUGAGGACCCUCGUUGGCCAAAUGGGAAGGCGAGCAGACACUAUCAUCAUCCCCUUGGAACUGAUACGCCACCUAAAACCCUCAGAAUUCAGUGAUUCCAAUGAGUACCAUAUGUGGCAAAAGAGGCAGCUCAAAAUCCUUGAAGCAGGGCUCAUCCUCUACCCCUCAAUCCCUCUAGAAAAGACCAACACAUUUGCCACGCGCCUCAGGGACAUCGUAAGUAGUGGGGAGUCCAAAACUAUUGACGCUGGCAAAAACUCAGACACCAUGAGAAGUCUUUGCAACUCUGUGGUUUCCCUGUCAUGGAGAAGCCACAAUGGUACUCCCACGGAUGUUUGCCACUGGGCUGAUGGAUUCCCUUUCAACAUUCACCUCUACACGGCUCUUCUUCAGUCCAUUUUUGACGUCAGGGAUGAGACAUUGGUGCUAGAUGAGGUUGAUGAGCUACUUGAGCUGAUCAAGAAAACAUGGUCUACUUUGGGGAUCACCUUGCCAAUUCACAAUGUGUGCUUCACUUGGGUGCUGUUUAUGCAGUAUGUAAACACUGGCCAGAUAGAAUCUGACCUUCUUUGUGCCUCACAUGCCAUGUUGAAUGAGGUGGCGAAUGAUGCCAAACGAGAAAAGGACUUUAUGUAUGUUAAGAUACUGUCAUCAGUGCUGACCUCAAUGCAGGGUUGGGCAGAGAAGAGGUUGCUUAAUUACCAUGACUAUUUCCAAAGAGGGAAUGUUGGUCAAAUCGAAAACCUUCUUCCUUUGGUGUUGACAGCCUCAAAAAUUUUAGGUGACGAUCUGACAAUCACAGAGCGGGAAGGGGGAGAGAAACGAGACAUAACCUUAGUGGAUUCAUCUUGUGACCGGGUUGACAAAUAUAUUCGUUCUUCCAUGAGAAACGCAUUUGAUAAGGUCUUAGAGGGAGUGAAUACCAAGUCUGUUGAAUUUGAAAGAAGGAAGGAAUUGAAUGAAGUUCUGCUCCAACUGGCUCAGGAGACUGAAGCAUUGAUGACGAAGGAAAGACAUCAUUUUAGUCCAGUUCUCAAGAAAUGGCAUUCAACAGCAAGUGCAGUUGCAGCAAUGAUGUUGCACAACUGCUAUGGCAAAGUGCUGAAGCAGUACGUGAGUGAAGUGACCUCAUUGACAACCGAGUCAGUUCAGGUGUUGCAGAAGGCUGCAAAGCUAGAAAAGGUAAUGGUCCAAAUGAUGGUUGAAGACUCUAGCGAGUGUGAUGAUGGUGGCAAAACAGUAAUCAGAGAGAUGGUUCCCUAUGAUGUUGAUUCAGUCAUAUUGAGUCUUCUGGGAAAAUGGAUAGAAGACUCAUUGAAAAAAGGCAACGAGUGUUUGCAGAGGGCAAAAGAAACUGAAGCAUGGAGUCCAAAGUCCAAAACUGAGUCACACGCACAAUCAGCUGCGGAGCUAAUGAAAUUGGCCGCGGCAACUGUGGAGGAAUUCUUCCAAGUUCCAAUAGCAAUUACCGAAGAUUUGGUUGAAGAUCUUGCUGAUGGAUUGGAAAACCUCUUCCAAGACUACAUGAAGUUUGUUGCAUCAUGUGGUUCAAAACAAAGUUACAUUCCUAUGCUUCCCCCACUUACCAGAUGCAACAGUGACUCAAAAUUCUCAAUGCUGUGGAAGAGAGCUGCUCCAUGCAGUGCUGGUUUUGACACUCAUAUACAACACGUUAAUGGAAAACACGAAGGUAACAUUCCUCGGCCAUCAACUAGCCGUGGAACACAACGCCUCUACGUUCGUGUCAACACUUUGCACUAUCUCCACACUCAAAUACAUUCUCUGGAGAAAACACUCUCUUUGAACCCUGGAGUUGUUCCUUCAAAUCGCCUUCGCUUUGCAAGCAACCGCAAGAGUUGUUGUUCAUACUUGGAAACAGUGAGCAUGUCCAUUCUAGUAGCCUGCCAACACGUGGCAGAAGUCGCUGCAUACCGUCUUAUAUUUCAGGACUCUGCCUCAGUGUUGUAUGAUAGCCUCUACGCUGGUGGAGUUAAUAGAGGUCAGAUAAAAGCUGCAUUGAGAGUCAUCAAGCAGAAUCUCGCACUAAUUACAACAACUCUGUCAGAUAGAGCUCAACCAUUGGCAUUGAGGGAAGUGAUGAAGGCUUCCUUUGAUGCAUUCCUUAUGGUUCUGCUUGCUGGUGGAAGCUCGCGCGUUUUUCACCGGCAUGACCACGAGGUCAUCCGAGAGGACUUUGAGAAUUUGAAGAGAGUUUUCAGCAACUGUGUGGAAGGGUUGGUGGCAGAGAAUGUGGUGGAUGCAGAGGCUGCAGUGGUGGAGGGAGUGAUUUCAUUGAUGGGCCUAAGUAGUGAACAACUGAUCGAAGAUUUCAGCAUUACGAGCUGUGAGUCAAGUGGGAUAGGAUUGAUGGGUAAUGGAAUGAAGUUGCCAAUGCCUCCUACAACGGGAAAGUGGAACAGAUCAGACCCCAACACCAUAUUGAGGGUGCUGUGCCAUAGAAAUGAUCGAUCAGCAAAUCUGUUCUUGAAGAGAACAUUCCAAUUGGCAAAGAGAAGAUGAUGAGAGAUUAAGAGGAAGCAGAUGCUCAUAAAGUUGAAGAUCUGAGAUAAAAAAAAAACUGGCAAUGCAUUUUUUUUGUAUAUUAUUCCUGCUUUGUGAAACUUGUGGUACUGUGGGGAGGGAGCGGGUUGUGUUUUUCCAUUCUUUUGGAAAUUGGAGGUGCAAGCACCUGGGUGGGUUGGGGAGGGAAAGGGAGAAAGAGGGAGAAAAUUUGUAUUUGAAACUUGAAAGAACACACCCUCUGAAAUGGAGGGGAAAAAAGUCAAGUAAUGUUUGUUUGCAUCAUUGAAGAAAACAUGAAAAGACGAAAACAAAAUUCGACUAAACUGUUCUAUUUUAGUAUGUAAC